AUGCUCCACUUGCUAGUGACUUUCGGGACGUUGGGCAACAUGCACGUGACGCCCACCCUUUCAGCUGCAACCGCCACUCUCUCUCCCUCCUCCGCCUAUGGCAAUGCGGCGAGUGAGCAUCUCACCGCCGCCACUCAGUUAAACGCCGGCCUGCCCCUCCGCCUACGCCUCUCUUUCAGCUGCAGCCGCCCACUCCCUCCCCUCCUCCACCUAUGGCAAUGCGGCGAGUCAAUGCCGGCCUCCCCUCCGCCUCCGCCUCCCUCUCAGCUGCAAGCCGCCACCCUCUCUCCCUCAUCCGCCUAUGGCAAUGCGGCGAGUCAGCAUCUGACUGCUGCCACUCCAGUUAAACGCCGGCCUCCCUCCGCCUACGCCUCUCUUUCAGCUGCAGCCGCCACUCCCUCCCCCUCCUCCGCCUAUGGCAAUGCGGCGAGUGAGCAUCUCACCGCCGCCACACAGUUAAACACCGGCCUCCCCUCUGCCUAUGCCUCCCUUUCAGCUGCAGCCGCCACCCUCUCUCCCUCCUCCGCCUAUGGCAAUGCGAGUGAGCAUCUCACCGCCGCCACUCAGCUGCAGCCGCCACCCCUCUCUCCCUCAUCCGCCUAUGGCAAUGCGGCGAGUCAGCAUCUCACUGCCGCCACCCAGUUAAACGCCGGCCUCCCCUCCGCCUACGCCUCUCUUUCAGCUGCAGCCGCCACUCCCUCCCCCUCCUCCGCCUAUGGCAAUGCGGCAAGUCAGCAUCUCACCGCCGCCACACAGUUAAACACCGGCCUCCCCUCCGCCUACACCUCCCUUUCAGCUGCAGCCGCCACCCUCUCUCCCUCCUCCGCCUAUGGCAAUGCGAGUGAGCAUCUCACCGCCGCCACUCAGGUCAAUGCCGGCCUCCCCUCCGCCUCCGCCUCCCUCUCAGCUGCAGCCGCCACCCUCUCUCCCUCAUCCGCCUAUGGCAAUGCGGCGAGUCAGCAUCUCACUGCCGCCACCCAGUUAAACGCCGGCCUCCCCUCCGCCUACGCCUCUCUUUCAGCUGCAGCCGCCACUCCCUCCCCCUCCUCCGCCUAUGGCAAUGCGGCGACUGCAGCCGCCACUCCCUCCCCCUCCUCCGCCUAUGGCAAUGCGGCAAGUCAGCAUCUCACCGCCGCCACACAGUUAAACACCGGCCUCCCCUCCGCCUACACCUCCCUUUCAGCUGCAGCCGCCACCCUCUCUCCCUCCUCCGCCUAUGGCAAUGCGAGUGAGCAUCUCACCGCCGCCACUCAGGUCAAUGCCGGCCUCCCCUCCGCCUCCGCCUCCCUCUCAGCUGCAGCCGCCACCCUCUCUUCCCCAUCCGCCUAUGGCAAUGCGGCGAGUCAGCAUCUCACCGCCGCCACACAGUUAAACACCGGGCCUCCCUCCGCCUACGCCUCCCUUUCAGCUGCAGCCGCCACCCUCUCUCCCUCCUCCGCCUAUGGCAAUGCGAGUGAGCAUCUCACCGCCGCCACUCAGGUCAAUGCCGGCCUCCCCUCCGCCUCCGCCUCCCUCUCAGCUGCAGCCGCCACCCUCUCUCCCUCAUCCGCCUAUGGCAAUGCGGCGAGUCAGCAUCUGACUGCUGCCACUCAGUUAAACGCCGGCCUCCCCUCCGCCUACGCCUCUCUUUCAGCUGCAGCCGCCACUCCCUCCCCCUCCUCCGCCUAUGGCAAUGCGGCGAGUGAGCAUCUCACCGCCGCCACACAGUUAAACACCGGCCUCCCCUCUGCCUAUGCCUCCCUUUCAGCUGCAGCCGCCACCCUCUCUCCCUCCUCCGCCUAUGGCAAUGCGAGUGAGCAUCUCACCGCCGCCACUCAGCUGCAGCAACCACUUCCCUCCCCCUCCUCCGCCUAUGGCAAUGCGGCGAGUCAGCAUCUCACCGCCACCACACAGUUAAACACCGGCCUCCCCUCCGCCUAUGCCUCCCUUUCAGCUGCAGCCGCCACCCUCUCUCCCUCCUCCGCCUAUGGCAAUGCGAGUGAGCAUCUCACCGCCGCCACUCAGGUCAAUGCCGGCCUCCCCUCCGCCUCCGCCUCCCUCUCAGCUGCAGCCGCCACCCUCUCUCCCUCAUCCGCCUAUGGCAAUGCGGCGAGUCAGCAUCUCACUGCCGCCACCCAGUUAAACGCCGGCCCCCCCUCCGCCUACGCCUCUCUUUCAGCUGCAGCCGCCACUCCCUCCCCCUCCUCCGCCUAUGGCAAUGCGGCAAGUCAGCAUCUCACCGCCGCCACACAGUUAAACACCGGCCUCCCCUCCGCCUACACCUCCCUUUCAGCUGCAGCCGCCACCCUCUCUCCCUCCUCCGCCUAUGGCAAUGCGAGUGAGCAUCUCACCGCCGCCACUCAGGUCAAUGCCGGCCUCCCCUCCGCCUCCGCCUCCCUCUCAGCUGCAGCCGCCACCCUCUCUCCCUCAUCCGCCUAUGGCAAUGCGGCGAGUCAGCAUCUCACUGCCGCCACCCAGUUAAACGCCGGCCUCCCCUCCGCCUACGCCUCUCUUUCAGCUGCAGCCGCCACUCCCUCCCCCUCCUCCGCCUAUGGCAAUGCGGCGAGUGAGCAUCUCACCGCCGCCACUCAGUUAAACGCCGGCCUCCCCUCCGCCUACGCCUCUCUUUCAGCUGCAGCCGCCACUCCCUCCCCCUCCUCCGCCUAUGGCAAUGCGGCAAGUCAGCAUCUCACCGCCGCCACACAGUUAAACACCGGCCUCCCCUCCGCCUACACCUCCCUUUCAGCUGCAGCCGCCACCCUCUCUCCCUCCUCCGCCUAUGGCAAUGCGAGUGAGCAUCUCACCGCCGCCACUCAGGUCAAUGCCGGCCUCCCCUCCGCCUCCGCCUCCCUCUCAGCUGCAGCCGCCACCCUCUCUCCCUCAUCCGCCUAUGGCAAUGCGGCGAGUCAGCAUCUCACUGCCGCCACCCAGUUAAAUGCCGGCCCCCCCUCCGCCUACGCCUCUCUUUCAGCUGCAGCCGCCACUCCCUCCCCCUCCUCCGCCUAUGGCAAUGCGGCAAGUCAGCAUCUCACCGCCGCCACACAGUUAAACACCGGCCUCCCCUCCGCCUACACCUCCCUUUCAGCUGCAGCCGCCACCCUCUCUCCCCUCCUCCGCCUAUGGCAAUGCGAUCAGCAUCUCACUGCCGCCACCCAGUUAAACGCCGGCCUCCCCUCCGCCUACGCCUCUCUUUCAGCUGCAGCCGCCACUCCCUCCCCCUCCUCCGCCUAUGGCAAUGCGGCGAGUGAGCAUCUCACCGCCGCCACUCAGUUAAACGCCGGCCUCCCCUCCGCCUACGCCUCUCUUUCAGCUGCAGCCGCCACUCCCUCCCCCUCCUCCGCCUAUGGCAAUGCGGCAAGUCAGCAUCUCACCGCCGCCACACAGUUAAACACCGGCCUCCCCUCCGCCUACACCUCCCUUUCAGCUGCAGCCGCCACCCUCUCUCCCUCAUCCGCCUAUGGCAAUGCGGCGAGUCAGCAUCUCACUGCCGCCACCCAGUUAAACGCCGGCCCCCCCUCCGCCUACGCCUCUCUUUCAGCUGCAGCCGCCACUCCCUCCCCCUCCUCCGCCUAUGGCAAUGCGGCAAGUCAGCAUCUCACCGCCGCCACACAGUUAAACACCGGCCUCCCCUCCGCCUACACCUCCCUUUCAGCUGCAGCCGCCACCCUCUCUCCCUCCUCCGCCUAUGGCAAUGCGAGUGAGCAUCUCACCGCCGCCACUCAGGUCAAUGCCGGCCUCCCCUCCGCCUCCGCCUCCCUCUCAGCUGCAGCCGCCACCCUCUCUCCCUCAUCCGCCUAUGGCAAUGCGGCGAGUCAGCAUCUCACUGCCGCCACCCAGUUAAACGCCGGCCUCCCCUCCGCCUACGCCUCUCUUUCAGCUGCAGCCGCCACUCCCUCCCCCUCCUCCGCCUAUGGCAAUGCGGCGAGUGAGCAUCUCACCGCCGCCACUCAGUUAAACGCCGGCCUCCCCUCCGCCUACGCCUCUCUUUCAGCUGCAGCCGCCACUCCCUCCCCCUCCUCCGCCUAUGGCAAUGCGGCAAGUCAGCAUCUCACCGCCGCCACACAGUUAAACACCGGCCUCCCCUCCGCCUACACCUCCCUUUCAGUUGCAGCCGCCACCCUCUCUCCCUCCUCCGCCUAUGGCAAUGCGAGUGAGCAUCUCACCGCCGCCACUCAGGUCAAUGCCGGCCUCCCCUCCGCCUCCGCCUCCCUCUCAGCUGCAGCCGCCACCCUCUCUUCCCCAUCCGCCUAUGGCAAUGCGGCGAGUCAGCAUCUCACCGCCGCCACACAGUUAAACACCGGCCUCCCCUCCGCCUACGCCUCCCUUUCAGCUGCAGCCGCCACCCUCUCUCCCUCCUCCGCCUAUGGCAAUGCGAGUGAGCAUCUCACCGCCGCCACUCAGGUCAAUGCCGGCCUCCCCUCCGCCUCCGCCUCCCUCUCAGCUGCAGCCGCCACCCUCUCUCCCUCAUCCGCCUAUGGCAAUGCGGCGAGUCAGCAUCUGACUGCUGCCACUCAGUUAAACGCCGGCCUCCCCUCCGCCUACGCCUCUCUUUCAGCUGCAGCCGCCACUCCCUCCCCCUCCUCCGCCUAUGGCAAUGCGGCGAGUGAGCAUCUCACCGCCGCCACACAGUUAAACACCGGCCUCCCCUCUGCCUAUGCCUCCCUUUCAGCUGCAGCCGCCACCCUCUCUCCCUCCUCCGCCUAUGGCAAUGCGAGUGAGCAUCUCACCGCCGCCACUCAGGUCAAUGCCGGCCUCCCCUCCGCCUCCGCCUCCCUCUCAGCUGCAGCCGCCACCCUCUCUCCCUUAUCCGCCUAUGGCAAUGCGGCAAGUCAGCAUCUCACUGCUGCCACUCAGUUAAACGCCGGCCUCCCCUCCGCCUACGCCUCUCUUUCAGCUGCAGCAACCACUCCCUCCCCCUCCUCCGCCUAUGGCAAUGCGGCGAGUGAGCAUCUCACCGCCACCACACAGUUAAACACCGCCUCCCCUCCGCCUAUGCCUCCCUUUCAGCUGCAGCCGCCACCCUCUCUCCCUCCUCCGCCUAUGGCAAUGCGAUCAGCAUCUCACUGCCGCCACCCAGUUAAACGCCGGCCUCCCCUCCGCCUACGCCUCUCUUUCAGCUGCAGCCGCCACUCCCCCCCCUCCUCCGCCUAUGGCAAUGCGGCAAGUCAGCAUCUCACCGCCGCCACACAGUUAAACACCGGCCUCCCCUCCGCCUACACCUCCCUUUCAGCUGCAGCCGCCACCCUCUCUCCCUCCUCCGCCUAUGGCAAUGCGAGUGAGCAUCUCACCGCCGCCACUCAGGUCAAUGCCGGCCUCCCCUCCGCCUCCGCCUCCCUCUCAGCUGCAGCCGCCACCCUCUCUCCCUCAUCCGCCUAUGGCAAUGCGGCGAGUCAGCAUCUCACUGCCGCCACCCAGUUAAACGCCGGCCUCCCCUCCGCCUACGCCUCUCUUUCAGCUGCAGCCGCCGCCACUCCCUCCCCCUCCUCCGCCUAUGGCAAUGCGGCGAGUGAGCAUCUCACCGCCGCCACUCAGUUAAACGCCGGCCUCCCCUCCGCCUACGCCUCUCUUUCAGCUGCAGCCGCCACUCCCUCCCCCUCCUCCGCCUAUGGCAAUGCGGCAAGUCAGCAUCUCACCGCCGCCACACAGUUAAACACCGGCCUCCCCUCCGCCUACACCUCCCUUUCAGCUGCAGCCGCCACCCUCUCUCCCUCCUCCGCCUAUGGCAAUGCGACUGCAGCCGCCACUCCCUCCCCCUCCUCCGCCUAUGGCAAUGCGGCAAGUCAGCAUCUCACCGCCGCCACACAGUUAAACACCGGCCUCCCCUCCGCCUACACCUCCCUUUCAGCUGCAGCCGCCACCCUCUCUCCCUCCUCCGCCUAUGGCAAUGCGAGUGAGCAUCUCACCGCCGCCACUCAGGUCAAUGCCGGCCUCCCCUCCGCCUCCGCCUCCCUCUCAGCUGCAGCCGCCACCCUCUCUCCCUCAUCCGCCUAUGGCAAUGCGGCGAGUCAGCAUCUCACUGCCGCCACCACCCAGUUAAACGCCGGCCUCCCCUCCGCCUACGCCUCUCUUUCAGCUGCAGCCGCCACUCCCUCCCCCUCCUCCGCCUAUGGCAAUGCGGCGACUGCAGCCGCCACUCCCUCCCCCUCCUCCGCCUAUGGCAAUGCGGCAAGUCAGCAUCUCACCGCCGCCACACAGUUAAACACCGGCCUCCCCUCCGCCUACACCUCCCUUUCAGCUGCAGCCGCCACCCUCUCUCCCUCAUCCGCCUAUGGCAAUGCGGCGAGUCAGCAUCUCACUGCCGCCACCCAGUUAAACGCCGGCCCCCCCUCCGCCUACGCCUCUCUUUCAGCUGCAGCCGCCACUCCCUCCCCCUCCUCCGCCUAUGGCAAUGCGGCAAGUCAGCAUCUCACCGCCGCCACACAGUUAAACACCGGCCUCCCCUCCGCCUACACCUCCCUUUCAGCUGCAGCCGCCACCCUCUCUCCCUCCUCCGCCUAUGGCAAUGCGAGUGAGCAUCUCACCGCCGCCACUCAGGUCAAUGCCGGCCUCCCCUCCGCCUCCGCCUCCCUCUCAGCUGCAGCCGCCACCCUCUCUCCCUCAUCCGCCUAUGGCAAUGCGGCGAUUAAACGCCCUCCCCCCUCCGCCUACGCCUCUCUUUCAGCUGCAGCCGCCACUCCCUCCCCCUCCUCCGCCUAUGGCAAUGCGGCAAGUCAGCAUCUCACCGCCGCCACACAGUUAAACACCGGCCUCCCCUCCGCCUACACCUCCCUUUCAGCUGCAGCCGCCACCCUCUCUCCCUCAUCCGCCUAUGGCAAUGCGGCGAGUCAGCAUCUCACUGCCGCCACCCAGUUAAACGCCGGCCCCCCCUCCGCCUACGCCUCUCUUUCAGCUGCAGCCGCCACUCCCCUCCCCUCCUCCGCCUAUGGCAAUGCGGCAAGUCAGCAUCUCACCGCCGCCACACAGUUAAACACCGGCCUCCCCUCCGCCUACACCUCCCUUUCAGCUGCAGCCGCCACCCUCUCUCCUCCUCCGCCUAUGGCAAUGCGAGUGAGCAUCUCACCGCCGCCACUCAGGUCAAUGCCGGCCUCCCUCUCCGCCUCCGCCUCCCUCUCAGCUGCAGCCGCCACCCUCUCUCCCCUCAUCCGCCUAUGGCAAUGCGGCGAGUCAGCAUCUCACUGCCGCCACCCAGUUAAACGCCGGCCUCCCCUCCGCCUACGCCUCUCUUUCAGCUGCAGCCGCCACUCCCUCCCCCUCCUCCGCCUAUGGCAAUGCGGCGAGUCAAUCCGCCUCCCCUCCGCCUCCGCCUCCCUCUCAGCUGCAGCCGCCACCCUCUCUCCCUCAUCCGCCUAUGGCAAUGCGGCGAGUCAGCAUCUCACUGCCGCCACCCAGUUAAACGCCGGCCUCCCCUCCGCCUACGCCUCUCUUUCAGCUGCAGCCCAGCCGCCACUCCCCUCCCCCUCCUCCGCCUAUGGCAAUGCGGCGAGUGAGCAUCUCACCGCCGCCACUCAGUAA